UCUCAUAUCUCUGUUCCUCAUCUUGUGUUCCUUUUCAGAUCCUUUCAAUUAAAGACUUCCUCCUCCUGCAGAUCCCCUUGCAGUCCCUAUGCACACUGUGUGGAGUGAUGACUGGCGUGUGCACCCCCAAACCCUCCCACCACCACACACAAACACAAUAUACAGCACGUGAUUGUGUGUCAGUGAAUGAUAUGCACUUGAAAGUAUUGGUUCUCAGGCGUAGAUGCUUGGCAGGUGGAGGAGUAGCAAAAUUCUGCAUAACAGCCAACGCUGACGCACCUGUCCUGGGCCGACCCUCCCACCUCCUCUCUGGGUCCCUUCUGAAGAAAAGAUCUCUGUCCUGUCCCAGUCAGGACCUCCAAGCCACAGGAAAAAUGGGCAACAUGGCAACCGAGAUCGUUGCCUUUGUCCUGACCAUCUCGGGGUGGAUCCUGGUGUCGUCCACCCUGAGGCUAGACUACUGGAAGGUGUCCUCUGUGGACGGGACGGUCAUCACCACCGCGACCUUCUGGUCUAACCUAUGGAAAACAUGUGUGACAGAUUCCACUGGUGUGUCCAACUGCAAGGACUUUCCUUCAAUGCUGGCUCUGGAUGGCUAUAUCCAGGUGUGUCGGGGUUUGAUGAUCGCUGCUGUAUGUCUGGGUUUCUUUGGUGCCAUCUUUGCCUUGGUAGGAAUGAAGUGCACAAAAAUAGGAGGCUCGGAAACCACCAAGGCUCGUCUGACUGUCCUCUCGGGCUUCCACUUCAUUCUCAGUGGCCUCUGCUGCAUGACUGCAUGCUCCAUAUAUGCUCACAGGAUCACAACUGACUUCUUUGACCCCUUCUUUUAUGCCCAGAAGUUUGAGCUGGGAGCAGCUCUGUUCAUCGGCUGGGCUGGAUCUGUGCUGUGUAUCCUAGGCGGACUUAUCUUCUGCCUCUCACUGUCCACAGGCUUCAGUAUCAGGCAAGUUGCUUGA